CUUUACUUGCCAGGGAAUGCUGACAACAACUGGCAGCGGAGACGCGUCAACAUGGGAUUCAAAUACAAGGAAUAAUUAGCUAUUAUUAUUAAAAAAUAAAAACACUGCUGGAGGAUAUCGGAAUCGAGUUUAACAAUAAACAGUAUAAAUAGAUAAAUAUAUAUAUAUAUAUGUAUACACAUUUGAUUUAUGUAUAUAGUUCCACUUUAAUGAGUAGGGGGAGUGAUUGCCUUGCAACAUGCGAACACGUUAAUUUUAUAUCACAAAAAUUAUAAUUUGUUUUUCCAAAAAAAUUUAAAAAAUUGCACAAGUGCGUUUUGCACAACGUUUCAGGUUUUUAUUUAUUUAUUUUUUUGUUUUGUUUUUUUUUACGCGGCGGAACGCGAUGUUACAUUAGAUUAUUAAUAUAGUCAUUUAAAAAAAAAAAAAAAAAAAAAAAAAAAGCAAGCAAACAUGUCCUCAAAUUGUACUAGUGCUGCGCCGGUCGGUGCCAGCAAAACCAAGACGAAAAAGAAACAUUUUAUCGGCCAGAAAGUGAAAUUGUUCCGGGCCAGCGAACCUAUUCUCAGCGUCUUGAUGUGGGGAGUCAACCACACGAUUAAUGAACUAAGCAAUGUGCCCGUCCCGGUGAUGUUGAUGCCAGAUGAUUUUAAAGCCUACAGCAAGAUCAAGGUCGACAACCACCUGUUCAACAAAGAGAAUUUGCCGAGCCGGUUUAAGUUUAAGGAAUAUUGCCCCAUGGUGUUUCGGAAUCUACGGGAACGGUUUGGCAUCGAUGAUCAGGACUACCAGAACUCCCUGACAAGAAGCGCCCCUUUAAACAGCGACUCUCAGGGUCGGUUCGGGUCCAGAUUCCUCACCACUUACGACAGGAGAUUCGUGAUCAAAACCGUGUCAAGUGAAGAUAUUGCGGAGAUGCACAACAUUUUAAAGAAAUACCACCAGUUUAUCGUGGAAUGUCACGGCAGCACGCUUCUCCCUCAGUUCCUGGGGAUGUACAGAUUAACAGUGGAUGGUGUUGAGACCUACAUGGUCGUCACAAGGAACGUAUUCAGUCACAGGUUAACUCUGCAUCGCAAAUAUGACCUCAAGGGUUCAACAGUAUCAAGGGAAGCUAGUGAUAAAGAAAAGGCCAAGGGGCUGCCCACUUUCAAAGACAACGACUUCUUGAACGAAGGACAGAAGAUUCACAUCGGGGAUGACAACAAGAAGUAUUUCCUGGAGAAGCUCAAGAGAGACGUAGAGUUCCUGGCCCAGCUGAAGAUCAUGGACUACAGCCUGCUGGUGGGGCUCCAUGACGUGGACCGGGCGGAGCAGGAGGAGAUGGAAAUCGAGGAGCGGGGUGAGGAGGACGAGUGCGAGAAUGACGGCAUAGGGGGGACCACCGGCUCCUUUGGCACCCCGCCCGACAGCCCGGGCAACCUGCUCAGCUUCCCGGGAUUCUUUGGCCCCGGAGAGUUCGACCCCUCGGUAGACGUGUACGCCAUGAAGAGCCACGACAAUGCCUUGAAGAAGGAGGUGUACUUCAUGGCAAUCAUUGAUAUACUGACACACUACGACGCAAAGAAGAAAGCUGCCCAUGCUGCCAAAACUGUCAAGCACGGGGCAGGAGCUGAGAUUUCCACCGUGAAUCCCGAGCAGUACUCCAAACGAUUCUUUGAAUUUAUCUCCAACAUCCUGUCAUAGUACCAACCCCUUCCAUCUCCAUCCCCUGCAAACUCGAAGAGGCACGAAGUUGAGAGACUUUAAGAGAAGAGGAGUUGUGUGUUGAGUUUUUUAAGUAUUUAAUAAUCCCCGGGUUCAGCAGAAAAUUGCAGUGUUGUCCCCCUCCUCCCACUUCUUCGAAUACUCUGAAUAGAGUGCCCCCCCCACAUGGCUAUUUCCUGUCCCUCAUUUAAUUACUUAAGUCUCCCAUCAGCAUUGCCUUGGAGUGUUUAUUUGUUAUUGUUUCAAGCAAGUUGCAUUAUUGUUCUCAUUAUUUUUGUAUUUUUGUUGAUUCUUUUAAAACUGCUUUUUUCUUUUUUUUUUAACCAUAAGGACUCUAUCGAGGAGAAGUUAAGGCUCCUAUUGUGGAGCGUUUUCUAGGAUCAAAUUCCAGGUUUUACAGCAAGCUUAGCUGGGGUUUGCCAAAAUAAUGGGUAUAAAAAAAGUAGGCCAGUUUAAUACAGACCGUACUGGUCUGACGAGAGUCGUCUGGUGGUAACAAAUAAACAUUCAAAUGAAAAAAAUCACUUUCAAAUAAAGUUCAAGCCCUGUCUCGUUA